AUGACUAAGAAGCGCAAGAGGUAUCCAGAUCUGAACCAGAAGCUAGAGCGGCCAUGGUGCUACUACUGCGAGCGCGACUUUGACGACCUGAAGAUUCUCAUCUCUCACCAAAAAGCCAAACACUUCAAAUGCGACCGCUGCGGACGACGGCUGAACACUGCCGGAGGUCUCUCUGUGCACAUGAACCAGGUCCACAAGGAGAACCUCACGCACGUCGAGAAUGCCAACCCAGGACGCCAGGGCCUCGAGCUCGAGAUUUUCGGCAUGGAGGGUGUACCGGCUGAGAUAAUAGAGCAACAUAACCAACAAGUCACACAAGCACAUUUCGCCGAGGAGCAGGAGCGUGCGCGGUUAACGGGUAACCCGAUGCGCGGAGCGUACGUGAAUGGUCAGGCUGCGCCGAACAAGAGGCCCAAGAUCAACGAGAGUCUGGACGAGAUUGAGGCGAGGGCAGCCAAGUUCAGAGAGGACCGUAAGAAUGGUGUUCUUCCACCACCAGCAGAGCCCGUCCAGAAUGCAACUCCUCCAGUCGUUCAACCGCCCUAUGGCGCUCCUCCAGGCGCUCCUGUGGCCUUUCCACCUGGCGCUCCCGCAUAUCCACCCCAAGGUAUCGCGCAACCCUUCUCACCCGGCAAUGCCGCCAUACCGACACGACCAGGCAGUAUACCAGGCCAACCUGGUGCACUUCCACCUCGACCAGGCUUCGGCGCUCCACCGCCCGGUGCAUUUCCUCCCGGGCCAAACGGCGAUAUUUCCAACUCUGUCGACGAUCUCAUCAACGAGGUUACCAAAGAGGCUGCGCCCAAGGAGGAGAAGAAGAGCAAAAAGGACAAGAACCAGCGGCUUAUUUUCUUUGCCGAGACGACGAGUCCCGAGGAGAAGAUGGCGGCGCUGCCGAGGUUUGCGGAGUUUAUGCGGACUUGA